AUGUCGACCGCGACCAAGAUGUCACGACGACCGAGCAAGUAUUUUGUGGACAAUAAGAAUGGGAAUUGUCGGUUGUGCGACAAACCCGAUCCGAGCGAUUCGCACAUGGUCCAGUGUGACGAGUGCGAUCGAUGGUUCCAUUUGACUUGCGCGAAGCUAACAAAGUUGCCAACAGCAGAAGAAGAAUUUAUGUGCAUCAAGUGCAGCGCCGACCGAGCCAAAGCGCAAGAUGAAGCAGGACCAUCGGGAGGAGAAAAAGGCGAUAGAAAGGAGAAGAAAGCUAAAACCGCCGAACCGGAAGUUACCACCAUAGCCGAGCUGGUAGCAGCAUUGACCGUUGGUAACAAGGUCAACACAAAUCACUUACUUCGAAUGUCGCUUAACGACCUACCCUACUUCGAUGGCAAUCCGAGAGAUUGGCCUGCAUUCGACAAAGCCUUCAGGGAAACCACAGAGGCAGCUAAUUUCAACGACUUAGAAAAUAUGAAUCGACUGCAGAGAUGCCUGAAAGGCGACGCCCUGAGGAACGUCAAGGCACUUUUCUUCGAUCCCGAGAAUGUCGACAUUAUAAUCGAACGCUUAAGAACUCUUUUUGGUAGAUCAGAGCAAGUAUACCAAGAACUCUUAAGAGAGGUUCAAAGGAAGGCGGAUCCAAACCGGAUACCAGAUUUAAGCAUCGCACUGGAGAAUUUAGUGGCGAACAUAAAAACGCUGAACAAACCUUCCUACCUUAGCGACCACCGACUCAUCAACGAACUUGCCAGCAAAUUGCCACAAGACAAGCAGCUGAAGUGGCUUAGAAUAACGGAUGAAUUGGAAGAACAAAGAGAGAUGCCGACAUUAGAACACUUCAGCACCUGGCUAGCGAACAUCGCGAGUGAACUUCGUCGCCUACCCAAAGCGAUCGACCGAAAACCAUUGCAUCUACACGACACUACGAAGCCAGCAAAGAAUGUAAGUCCAAAACACGAACGUAACAUCAAACCGAAAAAAGAGCGCAAGGCAUGCCCGAACUGCAAAGGCAGUCACAAUAUUCUGAAUUGUGACCAAUUCAAAAGCAAGACGCCUGCAGAAAGAUACGAAGCCAUAAAGAAAGAGAAACUCUGCUCGGGCUGCCUUCGAUCCAACGGCCACGAAGAAAAAACCUGCUGGUUUGCGAGGGAAUGCGGCAUCAACGGGUGCAAGGAGAGGCAUCAUCGCUUGGUACACGUCUCGACCGAAGGGCUAAUAAACUGUCACCAUACCGGGUCGAAGGUCUACUACCAAAUCAUUCCUGUGGAACUACGAAACGACGACAAGAAGAUAAAGACUUAUGCCUUCCUAGACACAGGUGCCUCCUCUACCCUCAUCGACGCUGCGACUGCAAAUCAACUGAACCUAAAGGGUGCAGUCGACCCCAUUACCCUUACGUGGACGCAAAAUCUAUCCGUGCAAGAUGAUACCAGCCAACGCGUCCAAUGUAAGAUAAAGGGGCAAGCAAGUCAAAAAGAGUACUCACUUCAAGGUGCCAGAACAGUCAAAAAUUUAAAACUACCCACUCAAACAAUCGAUAGUGCUUAUUUGCUGGAGAAGUACCCACACCUCCAGGGAAUAAAACUUAUGACGUUCCACAACGCUCGCCCAACCGUACUGAUCGGUUUGAAUAAUGCACACCUCAUGGCUCCAAUAAACCAACGCUACAGCAGCAACGACACUCCAAGGGCGAUGGAAACCAAACUCGGCUGGACAGUAUUUGGCCAAGAAGUACUGCACAACGAAUCAGUCGAGCACAUCAUGAUCCACAGGGAAGAAGAGAACAUGAAUAAGUUGAUCAAAAGCUACUUUUCCAUCGAAAACUUCGGAGUAAAGAUAACGAAGCCACUGCUGACCCGCGAACAGACUAGAGUAAACAACAUAGUUCAGGAAACCCUCAAGAAAAAAGAAGACCGGUACGAGAUAGGACUACUAUGGCGAAAGGAUAACGUAGUGCUACCUCCAAGCUACAAGAAUGCAUUCAACCGAUUGCAAUUCCUCGAACGACAGCUGAGCAAAGAAAAAGGUCUUCAGGAAUGGGCGAAGACAACAUUCAGCGAGUACCAAAAGAAAGGGUACCUAAGAAAGCUGUCGCCUGAGGAAGCAUUAACAAAAACUCCUACUACGUUCUACCUUCCGCACUUCAUCGUAGUAAACAAAAACAAACCUAUCCCGAAACCAAGACUAGUGUUCGACGCGGCUGCAACGGUCAACGGCAUAUCACUUAACUCAGAGCUGAUGUCAGGUCCGGAUAUUAACGCACCGCUAUUUGGAGUGCUCCUAAGAUUUCGAGAGGGUGGAAUAUGCGUCACCGGCGAUAUAAAAGAGAUGUUCCACCAAGUACAAAUUCGCAAAGAAGAUCAAGAAGCUCAACGAAUUCUAUGGAGAGACUGCGAAAACCGAGAACCUGACACAUACGUUAUGCAAGUAAUGACCUUCGGAGCAACGUGCUCGCCAGCGUGUGCCCAAAUAGUAAAAAACCAUAACGCAGAGCAGCACAAACAAACACACCCGAAGGCACUGAACGCAAUCACACGACAACAUUACGUGGACGAUUAUCUUGAUAGCUUCAUGAGCAUUGAGGAAGCUAUCGAUACCGUCAAUCAAGUCAUCAACGUUCAUGCAAAGGGAGGAUUCGAAAUACGGAACUUCAAAUCCAACUCAAAAGAGCUGCUCCAAACGAUCCCCGACGAUAGAAAAAGUUCGACCAGCACAGUAGUGACAUUGGAGGAAAAGGAAAGUAACGUAGAAAAGGUCCUCGGCAUUUACUGGAACACCGAUACGGACCAGAUCGGCUUCCAAGUAAACUUCAAUGGUUGGGAUCACGCGCGCACACCAACAAAACGACAAGCCUUGAGCUACGUUAUGAGGGUUUACGAUCCGUUAGGCCUCAUUAGCCAUAUCACUAUACAUGGAAGACUUCUCACCAGAUCAAUAAACCAAGCCAUGAAGGACUGGGACAUUCCAAUACCGGAGGCCCUCCAACCUCAAUGGCAUGAAUGGAGAGAAAUGGCGCUAAAGGCUAAGGUGAUCAACAUACCUCGUCCAGUAAUGCAACACCCAACAAAGACUGUGGAGCUUCACACCUUCGUCGACGCAUCAGAAGAAGCGUUCGCAGCCUGCGUAUACGUCAGAACCAGAUGUGAAGGUGAAAACGUCGUGAGAUUUCUCGUCGGUAAAGCCCUUGUAGCACCUACACCGAUCAUCUCCAUACCACGCUUAGAAUUGCAAGCAGCAGUUCUGGGGGCUCGCCUGACCGACGCAGUCAAAAAAGAACUUCGUCUGAACGUAGAAAAAACGACCUACUGGAGCGACUCACAAACCGUACUAUCAUGGAUAAACAGCGUGAAUCGAAAAUAUCACCAGUUCGUCGCGAUCAGGAUAAGCGAAAUCCUGGACUCCUCAACUAUGAGCGAAUGGAGAUGGGUACCUACAAAACAAAAUCCAGCCGAUAUAGCCACAAAGAAAGUCGCUGACGACACUCCCUGGCUCAAGGGUCCAACAUUCCUGCAGCAAGACGAGACAACGUGGCCAGUAAGCCGAGCUACGUACUCAACUAAGGAGGAAGAACGAGUCUUCGCGUUCCAUCAAGAAGCCGUCAGCAUCAUAGACGAGGACCGAUAUUCCUACUGGGACAAGCUGGUGAAACAUCUCACCUAUCUAAAGAAGUUCGUCAAUUAUCUACAGAACAAAGACGGCUUCAAAUCUGAAAUCAAUCUACGGGACGUAGAGCAAGGAUAA